AUGUCUGCAUCUGAUGUGCUCGACUCGGACAUCCGAACGAUCGACCUGGAAUGCGCGGAGCGCGAGUUCGUGGCGGCCAUGGACUCCAUACAGGAGUACAUGCAGCUCCAAGCCAAAUUACAAGGUCAGCUAAAGCAGGGGCUCUUGAGCCUUGCCCGGGCAAAGUACUCCAUGGGCCCUAUCGGACAGGCACAGUACGACAUGGACAUGAAGGCCUCCGUACGGGUGGGCGUUUUUCCCGGCGCUGUGGGUAAGCCACAGUUUUGCAGCUUCUACGAGGCGAGCACCUUCCUGCUACAGCGGGGACCUGCUACGGCUGGGCGGGGGGCAGGUAGCGCUACAUCCGCCCCGGGGGGCUCCGUCGCCGGGAACCUGACGGAGUCGUCCAACGGCGGUGCUGCGGCGGCGGCGGCGGCGGCGGCUGAGACCUCCAGGGGCGGUAGGGAGGGGACUGUGUUGCAGGGGGGGAGUUCCGGAGUCUCAACAGCGGCUGCGGUGGCACCACCACCCCCAGCACCCCCCCCAGCUGGCGAUUUCAAUGCAGCCGUGGUGGACGAGCUUAGCGACUUUAGUGAUGACGACGAGGAGGAGGAGGGGGAGGAGGAGGGGGGGCUAAGAGAAGCGAUUGAGUUCCUACGCGGCAUGAGGAUGCAAGCGGUGGAAGCCAGCGGUGAUGGCGGCUGCGGCGACGGCGACGUGGGGUUUAGCGGCUGCGGCGGAGGAGGAGGUGGAGGCGCGGCGGGGCAGCAACGGCCGCUGGGGAGGCGGCGACGCGGCGGACGUCGUGGCGGCGGCGGCGGCGGCGGCGGGGCUCGUGAUCCGCUACACUGGUUUGGGGUGUUAGUGCCGCCGGCGAUGAAGGAGGCCCAGGCGCAGUUCUCAGAAGGUGAGUCUGAGGAGGGGAUUACACCCUCCCCAAACACCCACCCCGAGUAG